AUGCCACUGCCACCUAAGUUGGGGGAUGAUCAUUCUUUCAACACCAGAUAUGGGUCACUCCAGUUCUUGGCUACACAUAUUUUCCUAUUGGGGGCAGAGACUCCUCUAUCUUUCCAGGUUGCUCGAGGGGGGUUGACAGUAGUGAGGGACAAGUUGGAAAUGAUGAGAACAACUCCGGAUGAAAGGGAAUCGAUGGUAAUACCUAAGGAGUUCGAAAGAGUCCUCAACCCCAAAAAAGUGAUGUUCAAGGGAUGUAGAAAAGGAAAGGCUAAAAAACAACAGAAGAAAAAGAAGAGGAAGUGUGGGAGAUGCGGUAGAAGGGACGGUCAUUAUAUUAAGACUUGUCCUGAACCCGAAGGCUACGUGCCGCCAGCUACAGAAUCUUUGUCUGAUGAAGAGGAUGACGACGAUGAUAUGGAUUUUGAGGACAAUGAUGGAGGUGAUGAUGGAGGUGAUGAUGGAGAUGAUGACGAUGACCAAAGUGGUCGGCCCCAAAAGAAGCAGCGGACCAGCAACCACGAUGCUAAUGUAGAGCCUACGGAAAACAUACCAAAGCUACAUAAGAAGAGGGGACAUGGCAAGAAGUUGAACAACACAGACAGGGCAAGAAGUUGA